AUGGGCGAGAGACCCGAGUCACGCAAUGUCUGGCAGGUGCUACUCAAAGCAAAGGAGACAGAGUUAUCAGAUCAAAAAAAGCGUGUACUCCAAUUCUACGAAAGCUGGGAAGGGUUGGGACCCUUGAAAUUCAUGCAGAAGACCCGCAUUAGCGGAGCAGAUACCCGGGAACUGGAUUUCUUUAAGGAAGCAUUUGACGACACUACCGCGUAUCUUGAAAAGACGUUAGGCAUGCUUCAUUCUAAGCUUUAUUUUCAGGCAGUGCGUUGCCACAUCUCCGUCAACGUACACAGCUACGAAAAAGCCUUGCAGAACAUCGCCACGCCGCCCGCAACAGGGAGGAGGAAUAUUCCCGCUGGUAUGGAUCCCAUCUUUACGGAGCGCGCUUGCGUUUACGCCGACAAUGUACCGAAGUUCGUCGAAGAAAUGGAGGAGAGCCAAAGGGGCUGGAAUCAUGGGGACGUGCCUAUCCCGUAUGAAGAUGUUUGGUGGACGAUGAUGAUGCGGCUUAACGCGUGGACUAUGAGUGUUAGAUGGAUGGAUCGUGAGGGGGUUAAGAUUCCGUGUGAACACUACCAUAACCCGACUCGUGUGUAUAUCCUGUAA